CUGAGGGGGAGGGAGAGGGCGAGAGGGAGGAGGGAGAUGACCCUGGGGUUAGAGAGAGAGUGAGAGAGAGAUUAAAAGAUGCAGAAAGAAAGAGAGAGAGACUAGGCCUGGAGGAAUGGAGGGGAACUGAAUAUUAUGGUCUGUCUCUGUUUUUAAGGUGGAGUGGGUUGGUGCAUCACCUGGGGUUUGCUAUGUCUGUAUUUUUUUGGAAGGGGGUGGUUGGCGUGGGUGGAGGCUUUGGUGACAUUUGCUUACAACCUGAAUUUUUUGCAGUGUGUUGUCUAAUCUGGGCAUUACGGUCCGUUUUAUAUUGAGGCGGAUGUCUCAUCGGUAUAUUAUGGUCUUUUUUGGAGGGGUGCCUGUAAUGUAGGCGUUACAGUGUUUUUUUUGAUAUUGGGGAGGUGUCUGAUCUGGAUGUUACGGGCUCUUUUCUGAGGAGUGCCUGCAAUUUAGGAAUUACGGUUCUUUCUUUAUUGCAGGAGGUGCUUGAUCUGUAUAUUACGGGGCAGUGCAUCCUCUGGAGAUUUCGGUGUCUUUUUUUUCGGACCUGAGUGCCCCGACACAUGGAGGAAGAAGACGGGCAGAAAGGCGUCGCGGGACCCCGCCCCACCAGGAGGAUGCUGCCUCCGGGCAUCCGGGCGGUGCUGCGCCCGCCGUCAGGCAGGGGUGGAGCGCGGAGGCGGUGCCGGCCCGGGCAGAGGGGCUUCAUCUGCUCGGACUGCGGCAAGACUUUUGAGCACUCGUGCCACUUCGAGCGUCACCUGCGGGUGCACACGGGUGAGCGGCCGUUCAAGUGCCCGACCUGCGAGAAGGACUUCAACCACAAGUCGAACCUGGUGCGGCACGAGCGCACCCACACGGGUGAGAAGCCCUUCCGGUGCCAGACCUGCGGCAAGGAGUUCAGCCAGCCGUCCAACCUGGUCAAGCACCAGCUGACCCACACGGGCGAGAAGCCCUUCCGGUGCCAGACCUGCGGCCGCGACUUCAGCCGGCUGUCCAACCUGGCCACCCACCAGCGCACGCACACCGGGGAGAAGCCCUUCCGCUGUGCCGUCUGUCUCAAGGACUUCAGUCAGUCGUCCAUCCUGCGGCGACACCAGCGCACUCAUACCCGGGAGAAGAAAUACCGCCGCUGUAUUGUGUACGGGACCGGACCUCGCGGUGGCUGCCACCUCUUGCUACACGACGCCAGUGCCUUGGAAGUAGAACACCUCCAGCUGCGCGGAGAGGUGCCGGAGGAAGAGGAGGAAGAGGAGGAGGAGGAGGAGGAGGCAGCGGCGGGGGAGCAACAGGCCCGAGACGGCGAUCUGGAGCGAGCGGAGCUGUUCAUCUGCUCCGACUGCGGGAUGAGCUUCAAGACCAUGCUGAAGCUGAAGUGCCACGAGCAGGAACAUGAGGAGCGGCAGCCCCCACGCCAGGAGGAGGAGCAGGAGGAGGAGGGAGCCCCUCCCAGUACCGACCGUUAGACACCCACUCGACUCCCCAUCCCCUCCAUCUCCCAGUCACCUUCCCCGCCCGUGGUGCACGCACGCGUGUGUGCACACGGACACACACAUGAACAUGCAUGCACACACAGACACACGCACAUGCAAACACACACACACACACACACACACACACACACACACACACACACACACACACACACACACACACACACCCUGGUGGGGUGACUCACAUCCGAUUCCCCGAGCUUCCUCCCAACUCCGUCCCGCCACCUCCCCUCCCCCAGCCCAAAUCCCGAUCGAUGCCGCCUCCAGGUUAAGACGGCAAGUUGGAUUGAUUUGCUGGCCGCGCGAUUGCAUGGAGCCGACGUGGCGAGAGGUUCGCCGUGACCCGGUGGUCAAUCCCUGCAGGGCCCGUAGGGCGGUUCAGUGCUCCCCCCACCCCCACCCAUCCCUCCCAGGCGACCCACAGAGCCGGCGUCCUCCCACCCUGUCUCCAUCUCAGCUUUGUGCCAGCAGCCAGGGAUUAUGCCUGCCAUGGGAAUUGGGGGGGGGGGAGUGCGAAGUUGGUGGUGGAGGGGGGAUGUGGGAGUGGGGUGGGAGUGUUGAGGUCUGGGAGGAGGCGGUAACCCCACCCUAUUGCACUUCUUCCUCCUGCUCUCACUUCACUCCAACCAUCCCACUACCCCUCCCGCCCCUCCGCCCCCCCCCCCCAACAAACAACCCCCUCUAUCACUUGCACAGACCGAUGUGGUUGGG